AUGCCGACACCAGACCAACAGACGAAGCAACAACAAGAGACGAAAUCUCGAGAUUCGGUUAUGCUCCAAAUCUGGCUGAACGAGCCUGAAGACGUCGUCUCUGCGACUGAUGCAUGGUCCAGUCAACGGGCUCUUGCCAAACCGAGACACCAUUUCGACCUCGUCCAAUCCUCCCGACCGAAGAGCAAAACAGCAAACAUAGCACCAGCUGCCUGA